AUGCUCAGUAUCAUCACGCGAAGUAUACGGCCUCUUGAACAGUUUGUGGAUGAGCUUAAAGAUGACAACGAAAAGGAUGAUAAAAGCAAAGACAAUCGCAACAACAACAACAACAAGAAGGAGUCAGCAUUUGAUCGCUUUAAAUCCUUUCUCACAAAAUGUCUCGAGACAAUUGGUAUAACCAUUUCAUCAGUUGGGGUAUUGGGACUAGCCGGAUUUUUGUACCAUCGAUUUUAUAAUGAUCAUGUAUUGUGGAAGAUGAAUCUAGCCUUUGAAAAAGGCGACCCAGCGGCUCAGAUAAAGAUGCAUACGCGGACCCACGAUGAUAGCAACGAUCAUUUCAUCAAUGCCCAUUGGGUUGAAAGACCACAACAAAACUUACUUGAUGAAAUUAUUGCUGGCAAGAUUAUUGGACGAUAUUUUCUUAUUAUUGGCGAAAAAGGAACUGGUAAGACUUCAUUGAUUAUGGAAGCAAUGAAGAAAGUAGAUGGAUAUAAUGUCACCAUCUUUGAUGCCCAUGCAGAUCCAGAAAUUUUUCGUAUUCGAUUGGGGAAAGCAUUGAAUUUCGCCUUUAAUGAAGAUUACAUUGGCUCAUUGUUCUCGAUAAGAGGGCCUAGAGAUACCACGGCUCUUUUGGAUAUCGAAAGAGCGUUUAGCAAGUUGGAAGAAUUGGCAAUUCAACGUGUAGGUAAGAUUAAACGACCCUUGAUUAUGAUUAUCAACAAUUCACAUUUGAUUAAAGAGAAUGAAGAAGGGGUCAAAUUGUUGGAGUUGUUGCAACAAAAGGCCGAAUCUCUUAGUGGACUGGGGUUGCUCACAAUGGUGUUCAAUAGUGACGACUAUUGGGUUUAUGAGAAACUAAAACAAUUAGGCACUAGGUUAGAGUUGAUAAAUGUGCGUGAUUUCAACCGAUAUGAAACUGUUAAUGCGCUCAAAUUCAUUCGUCACCGGUAUUUCCCGCUGGAUAAAGUUUUGAAAGAUGACAUGUGUAAUGCAGUUUACGAUUUAAUUGGCGGUCGGCCCCAACAUAUAACUCAAGUGGCUCGUCACAAUGACAUUAUUAAAGCGUGUCACGAGAUUAUUGACCGAGAAAAGACUUGGUUUCUUAACCAAUGCGGGUUACUUGGCCUGGAUAUGGAUGACGAUGUGAUGGAAAGUGGUAAAUUUUCGACUAGUGCCAUGCUACUAAUGAGGGAAUUCGUUGAGAUGGAUAGAAAUAGAAUGAACACUUUGAUUACUAGUGAGAAAUCCCGAGACUUUACUGAACAUCAGUUACCGGAGUUACCCCUUUGGCGAGCGCGUCAAAUCAUGACCCGUGCUGACUAUAUCCAGCGGUACGAUAACUUGAAUAUAUUCACCAUGGAUUCUGAAUCUCGAGUGCGGGCAGAUUCUGUACCCAUGAUGCGAGCGUUCCAUGAGAUUGCUUCACAACCCCAUUUUGAUGAGUUGUUGGAAGAUACUAUUGAUCGAGUCGGUGAUAUCGAAUCGUUGGGAAGGACAAGGGAGGUUGUGAUGAAGGACUUGAAUUUGGGUAGCAAGUAUAUGUUGCAACGAAACAAUGGUGAAGAAGUGGCAAUGACAAUGAUUAAAUCAGCCAAAGAAGCUGAUUUACAUGGAGACUUUGACGAGUAUAAUGAAGAAGCAGAGAGCAAAGCCGACAUAUCAAGAGGGCGAGCAGAGACAGAGACGGAAGAAGACCAUGUGGAUGAGGAUGAUUUGUAUUUGGAAGAGAUUAACAGGAAAGAUUCACGAAAAUGGUGGAAAAAGAGGAUGCAAAAGUUUGAUCAGCUAUAUUUACCAGAAAAAUAUAGGCAUGGCCAUGAAGAUGAUAUCGAUUUAAAUCGGGUUGAUGAAAAGUAA